CAAAAAAUGUAUCAUGUUUGUUUAUUUUCUUGAAUUUUGUUUAUUACUAUUAUUGUACCAUAAUCACAAUAAUUUUAUGGAGUCUGUUUCAACGAGAGUUACUUAACUGAGUGUGCAGGCUCAAUGGAUUCUUUAAUUUGUAGGAUCUGUCUCGACAAGACCGGCACAAUAUCUGUUUUCGAUAAAGAGGGUGAUGAUAUUCAAUACAGUGCGAAAUUAAUGCGAUUAGUUAACAAUAUAAUAUCUGAAGAUGACGGCUUACCGAGUAUGAUGUGUGACAGUUGUACACAAGAUCUCUCUUUAGCCUAUCAAUUUGUACAAAAAUGUGAAGCUUCCGACAAAGCGUUGCGUUGCCUCAGCGCACCGAUCGAACUAUAUUCGGAUUUGCAAACGAAUAUUGAACUGAAUGUCAAAGAAGAAGAUGUUAAAAACGAAAUCGAUGACUGCGACGACCGGGAAGAUAGUUUAUCUAAUAGUUUUUUAUUAGAAAACUGUUCUAAAGCGCUCUUUCAACAAGAAAAAGAUUCACGCAAAUGUAGGCGCAGGAAAAUUAAAAGAGGUAAAUUAGGCCCACUACAGUGUGUAAUAUGUGGGCUGAUGACUAAUGGUCCGUCUGCAAUGGAGAUCCAUAUGCGCUCUCAUACUGGUGAGAGACCAUUUGUUUGUACGUCUUGUGGGGCAAAAUACAGUUCUAAAGGUUCAUUAAAAAGACAUAUUGAAACGUCUCACUCAACAAGGGAAAGAAAAUUCACUUGUGAAACCUGCGGUAGUAGCUUUUUUAGAAAAAAUGAUAUUAUUUCACAUUUAAGAGUUCAUACUGAUGAGAGACCCUAUGUAUGUCCAUUUUGCUCAAAAAGAUUCCGACAAAUAGCUACAAGAAAUCGUCAUCAGAAAAUUCACACGGGGGAAAAACCAUUUUCUUGCCAUAUUUGUAAUAAAAAGUUUGCUUACAGGAGUCUAGUUAAUAAACAUCAAAGUGUUCACAGCGAUGAAAGAAAAUACUCGUGUCACUUGUGCAACAAAUGUUUUAAAUCAAGGACGGCACUAAAUGUGCACAUUGGCUUGCAUUCUAAUGAAAGACAAAAUGUAUGUAGUUUUUGUGGCAUGGCAUUUUCUGUCAAAGGUAAUUUACAGACUCAUAUCCGACGAAUACAUUCCGAGAAAUCUGGUCAGUGUACAAUAUGCCUCAAGACAUUUUCAGACUUAGAAGUCCAUAUGCGCAAACAUACAGGGGAAAAGCCCUACGUAUGUGGGACGUGCAAUGCAACUUUUGCCGUCAAAGGUAGUCUAACUCACCACAUUAUAUUCAAACAUGAAAACGCAGGGAAAUUCAAAUGUUCUAUAGGAGAUUGUACAAAGACAUUUCCCACGGCAACUAUGCUAGAAUUCCAUUUGUUGAAGCAGCAUACAAACCACACACCGUACAUCUGCCAGCAUUGUCCGAGAAGAUUUUUCCGUAACAGUGAUCUCACGCGACAUUUAAGGGCUAGUCAUAUGGAUAUUAACUUUAAACCAUCUUUGAAAACCAUUGUUACUAAACCUAUUGUGUAUAGUUAAGAUCCUUUAAGACUGAGUGGACAAACUAAAUACUAGUCAAGUGUAUCUAUGUAUUGUUUAAACAAUAUUUGUAAUGGGAAACAUGAGUAUUAGGUAUUUUAAGUAUUUAUAA